GCCCAAUCCAAUCUAUUCUACUCAUCGAAGAAACCCUAGGAAUAAAUACUUCUCACUUGCCCGAUCCCCCCAUUAUGCGACCAUCCUUAGAGCCAUGGGUUACACCGAUGCUCUCCGCCUCAUUCUCAUCCAUUCGUCCUGCUUUCCAUCUUCCAACAUACCAUCGUCUAGCCUCUCCCUUCUACACCAUGGAGGCAUAUAUGCUUAAUCCGAUGCUCUCUGUGAAUCACAAAGAUUCCAUAGUUUUCAUGGAUGAGUCGAAUUCCUCAGACGGAGAAGCCACUCGCCGGUUGAAGAACUAUCUAUCCCGCGGUAGCCGAACCUUUGACACCGAGUACAGACAUAUUUUUGACUCUAUUGUCGGUAUAUCGAUACAUCCGUGUACUUGAUUGUUCCUGACUCGUUUAACUGCAUGUUUCCAACACUGAUGAUUUUUUAAAAAAUAAAAGAAACUUGAUUCUGUGGUACAAAUUGAAUCUGUCAA